GAACCUUGCAAUGUGAAAGCCUCGAGCCCCUUCUAUUGCUGGAUUCAAAGAUCUCAAUUCACCCAUUACCGACGAAUCCAUUGCCUGUGCACAGAAAGACCAACAGUUAAGGGAGGUAUUGGAGACUAUAGUUCCUGGCUCAACGGAAUAACGCUCUAAUCGCAACCACCCCUCCGGAUCAUCCACACAGCCUAGCGGCCGGCCUCCGCUUCGUAUAGCACCUAACCAGGCAUCCUGGGGCAGCACCCCCCUCGAAUAGAUACGAUGCGGAAUGAUGCAGUCCUAUCGCACCACCAACAGCAAUACACGGACCCGGUAAUAAGUGUGUUGUAUGGUGCUUAAUACAAUUUCCCACUAUAAAGAGGGCGGAGGUAUUCGACGAAGGCAGCAUCGACAAUUGACUAUCACUCACGAUGAAAUUCAGUUCAGUCUAUCUUUGCGCAGGAUUUUUGGCGGCCACGGCUGCUGGGGGUGAGGUUGUUACCUCGGAGAAGCUGCAAAAUGGAGUAACAGAGGCUGAGUAUGUCGUCCGUUCCAAUCCCCCAAACCCAUCCUAAGUACCUCAAUUGCUGAUGAUAAAGAAAGGUUGAUGGGGAACCUCAAACAGUUGGAUCAGAUCGCACGCGAAAAUGGCGGGAAUCGCGCCUUUGGCUUUCCCGGUUUCGAAGCUUCUGUAAAGUAUGUUCUCGAGAGAACCAGUCGGUUUUCCCGGACAUUCGAUACCUGGGUCCAGGACUUUCCUGCUUUCUUCAGCAAGGUCGAGUCCAUAUCUUUCAAAGUUGGAGAAACAGAUUACUACGUAUACGGCCUCGCAUACUCACCCUCCACCACUCCCGAGGGCGUCACUCUCCCGCUUGUCUUAGGACCCGGGGUUAACGCUUCUUGCAGUGUGGACGGAUAUGCCGGGCUUGACGUGAAGGGUAAAAUUGUGCUUGUGGAAAGAGGACCACUAUGCCCAACAGGUGGCACCCUUGCUGGGAGAAUCCGGCCAGCAAAGUUAGCAGGUGCAUCCAAUGUUAUCAUCUUCAACAAUUCCCCUAUAAAGGUUACAGGUGGCACAUUGUCUGCUCCAGAUCCAGAGGGGUUUGUGAGCAGUGGGUUUAUCAACCAAGUCGACGGUGUGGCUUUGAAGGAGAGGCUUCUCGCUGGAGAGAAGAUCACUGCAUACUUCCAACAUACACAGCUCAUCGAGACAAGAACUACACAGAACGUCUUUGUCGAGACAAAGGGCGGCGAUCCCAACAAUGUCAUCAUAGUAAGUUGAUAUCACCAUUUACUUGACCUUCGUAGGGGGGCGCUAAUUGUCAGCACUAGCUUGGCGCUCAUUUGGACAGCGUCCAAGCUGGUCCCGGAAUCAACGACGACGGUUCAGGGACAAGUUUGAUCCUCGAACUCCUCGCAAGUCUCGAGAAGUGCGAAGCCAAGAACAAAAUCCGCUUCGCCUGGUGGGGUGCAGAAGAGUACCACCCACCCCCUUAUACCACCAGCCCAACUCCCUGCUAACGUAGCUCAGGAACGGUCUUUUCGGCUCAAUAUACUACACUUCCCACCUCAACCAAACCGAAGUCGACAAGAUUCUCCUCUACCUCAACUUUGACAUGGUCUCAAAGGGCUACUUUGGCGUCUUUGAUGGCGACGGCAGCACCCACGGCCUUGCCGGUCCUCCGGGAUCUGAAGUCAUUGAAAAGCUCUUUGUUGACGAACUCACCAGAAAAGGCAUUACCGUCACCCCGGUGCCAUUCACCGGCUCAAGUGACUAUGCCAGUUUCAUGGACGCCCUGAAGAAACCCAUUGGCGGUCUGCACACCGGAACCGGAGCUACGGAGGACCCGUGCUAUCACCAGGCCUGCGACGACUACUCGAAUCCAAAUUCCACAAUUUUGACGAUUAACGCCAAGGUAUGGCGCUCCCCCCUUCUUUAACGCAUUUGGAAUGGAUGGAAUCUAAUUUUUUCUUCCGGAUGGGUUAGACCGCUGCGCACGUUCUCGCGGUGCUGGCUCAGGACGGGCACAACUUGAUCCCGAAGAAUAAGACUAGCACUCUAGCUGGACAAGAAGUCAAGGAUACUGUCAAGUGGACAGUGCCAGAGGUGGAAAAACAAGUGGGUACUUGCGGACACGAUGUUUAGUCUUUAAUGUAUUGUCAUGGAGCAUCAGUAGGGAACGUGGUUUAUGAAUGGAUAAAUGUUGCCUUCCGCGAUGAAGGCUAUGCUUUUGAUGAAUGGAAUGUCCAAUCGGUUCAUGGGCCGUCACUCGCAAGUUAUUUUUGUUAUUUUGAAGCAGAAAGGAGAAUUUAGUUAGGUACUUUUGUAAAGAGUUUAUGAUCGUUUGAAUGAGCAAGAA